AUGUCGUCCACACCGUCACCUUCGAAGCGAGCACGAAUACCUGCCACAUCCGCGAUAGCCUCUGCCACGGCGUCUCCCUUCACUGGCGGGGCUGUUCGAGCCUCGAGCGGUCCGCGGUCAGUUGGGCCUAGUGGCACAUCUGCUAACCCCGCUCCGAUCGUCGGUCUAGGCAUGAGUCCUAUGGAUAGCUUUUCGCCCGCGCCUGGUACUGUCGACACAUAUGCCAUGUCUGGUCUCACCCCGUACAGCGCCACUUCUCCUGCUUACACUGUAGGCGGCACUUCCGUUAUGCCGUCAGCAGCGUCGCCCAUCAGCGCUGCUCUGGCGCACGGCACGCGCGUCCUGUCAAACAUCCAAGCCGCUUCUCCCUUCUUGAAUGGAGCUGUGCCAAUGCAUACCCAGGCGUACGUCCGGUCGCCUCCCAAUAUGCCUUCCGGCCAAGUCAUAAUGCCACAGCAUCAACACGCAUCCCAACCAGGUGCCAGUCGACCCGUACCCACCUUACCACAACAAGGCUCUCCGGAGUAUUUACGAACCGCACUGCAGCAUCUUCAAACGACACUGCUGGCGAGAUUGGACAGUCAAGCUGAGGCUUUCUUUGACGCGGCGGAUUCCGCCACUUCGGUAUCAGCCGAUUCGCGAAUCAUAGCGGGAAAGGCGAAAGCGUUCCGAGCGGCCAUGGACAGUGUCCUGUCAUAUUUGGAGAAAAACGGUCUGGCCAGCAUCCCUCUUCUCUCCCUUCCGAACGCCGCCCCAGGCUCUGGUGAGACGCACGCCGUCGACACUGCCAAAAGCGAUUCAGAACAACCGCAAAACGAGAGUAAUUCACCUCCAGUAAACAAUCCAACAAUAGAGUCUAGCCAACCCGACCCACCAGUACCCUCAGCAACAUCACAACCCCGAGUCUCAACAUCCACAUUACACACCGACAUAGAACGUCUGCAACACCAAGCCAAACAGCUGUUCGAGCAACGUCAGAGGCUGAAAGAAUCAGCUUCGAUCGUUGGUGCUAUACUGAAUUCCUAG